UUAUACAUUGUGUUUUGUUCGCAGGUCGACAUAGGUGUAGUGGUUUAUAUAACAAUAGGUGUAUUUGGUGUAUUAAUAGCACUUAUAAUUGGAGCAUUGGUAGGCAUUUACGUAUGGGUCAAUUCCCUUUCGAGGCUUCUGAAGAAACAGGACGAUGACGACCCUUAUAAAAGUUAUUUAAAGAAAUAUCCGAGCAUCCCUCGGAUGAAUCCAGUACCUGGUGAAGAAUUAUCCAAACGAUACGUUAUGUCUACCGGAAAUACAGAUUAUGAUUCACUUCCUUCUCAAAAGUUUUCCAGGAACCCACUGACCAGCAGAUCUAUGAUGGAAAGAAGAAUGUCUCCGUCAGUAAUCGGGGAACUGAACAACAGGAUUUCCAGGGAACAAGGACCUGGUGCCAAAUCUAACGGAUUUUAUGCAGGAGAUAAUAUUGACUCUUUCAGUAAACCUGGUAAACAAGAUGUAGUUUAUUAUGGAGGUGGGGCAGUGAAAGACAGGCCAAAUAUGGCGUACUGAGAAUGUUAUUUUUCCGUGUUUGUUUUGUUAAUUACCCAAUUUAUAUCGUACGUACCAUUACUGAUACUGUCUCGUUGCGAAAUUUUAUUAAAAAGCCAUAGCAGACUUUUUAUUUACUUAAUACUUGUAACUUAUAAGUAAUACAAAAUAUGCAAUAUUAGAUAAUAACCGUAGUUUUUUCGGUUUUUUUUUUGAUGUUCGUAAUGCUUUAAUUUUUGAACACUUUACUAUCAUGCAUCACGCUUGACGUAGACAGUCAUGUAUUUUGUUGAUAAGUUUUUAGUUGUCUAUGUAUGUAUGUAAUUAACUAGAUAUUUAAUAGGAUGAUACGUAGGACACCCUGUAUAUAUGAUAUUUUAUCCCGGAUUUCCAAUGUUCCAAAGUUGGCCAAAGAAAUUUACAAAGAUAUUUUUAUACAUAAUUGUAAUUUGUUAUACUAUUAUCAAUAUUGUUAAUAAAAUAUGCAUUCUUU